UUUAUAUAAUCGGCAAAUGCUCUUUCUUCGGCGUCAAAACGCUGUCAUCGCCUGAUCAGACUGCACGUCUCUCUUCGUCUUCUUCGUUGUAACCAUCGACGCUUGGGGGCUUGAUCGAGAUAUUUUUUAGCUUGCCGGAAAAAAAAAAUCAUCGGAUAACAAAUCUGAGUUGCUACCAGCUCAAUCUCUGAAAUCAACCCGAGUACUGAGCUGGAGUUAGGUGAUACACAGCUUCAAUACCUUUUCCAUCAUGCAGAAUUCUGCUUUGUUACCAAUGGAGAGCUUGGCGCAACUUGAGGCGAUGUGCGAGAGAUUAUACAACUCACAGGAUUCAGCUGAGAGGGCUCACGCUGAAAAUAGUCUGAGAUGCUUUUCUGUGAAUACGGAUUAUAUAUCGCAAUGUCAAUACAUUCUCGACAAUUCAUCAAAACCCUAUUCCCUAAUGCUCGCUAGCUCGAGUUUGUUGAAGCAAGUGACUGAUCAUACCCUUCCGCUGAAUCUUCGCCUUGACAUCAGGGCGUAUAUUGUGAACUAUUUGGCUACAAGAGGACCGAAGAUGCAAUCAUUUGUGAUUGCUUCGCUCAUUCAAUUGCUUUGCCGGCUCACAAAGUUUGGAUGGUUAGAUGAUGAUAGAUUCCGUGAUGUGGUCAAGGAAUGUACAAACUUCUUGGAACAGGGUUCUUCGGAUCACUAUGCUAUUGGUUUAAGAAUUUUGGAUCAACUUGUGCAGGAGAUGAAUCAGCCUAACCCAGGAUUGCCUUCUACACAUCACCGGAGGGUUGCAUGCAACUUUAGGGAUCAAUCCUUAUUUCAAGUAUUUCGAAUAGCUUUGACGUCAUUAAGCUAUCUGAAAAAUGAUGCUGCUGGUCGUUUACAAGAAUUGGCGCUUUCUCUUGCACUGAGGUGUGUAUCAUUUGACUUUGUCGGAACUUCAAUUGAUGAAAGCACAGAGGAGUUUGGUACAGUCCAGAUUCCAACUUCCUGGAGGUCAGUAUUGGAGGAUUCUUCCACGUUGCAGAUAUUUUUCGAUUAUUAUGGUAGUACGGAGUCACCACUUUCGAAAGAGGCACUUGAGUGCUUGGUGCGAUUGGCUUCUGUGAGGCGGUCUCUGUUCACAAGUGAUGCUACACGCUCUAAGUUUUUAGCUCAUUUGAUGACGGGAACCAGAGAAAUUCUUCAAAGUGGAAAUGGUCUUGCUGAUCAUGAUAAUUACCACGUAUUCUGCCGUCUACUUGGGCGUUUCAGGUUGAAUUAUCAGCUUUCAGAGCUUGUGAAGAUGGACGGUUAUGGUGAGUGGAUACAGUCGGUGGCGGAGUUUACACUUAAAUCUCUCCAGUCAUGGCAGUGGGCCAGCAGCAGCGUGUACUACCUCCUUGGAAUGUGGUCUAGAUUAGUAGCAUCUGUCCCAUACUUAAAGGGUGAUUCACCAAGUCUACUUGAUGAAUUUGUACCUAAAAUUACUGAGGGUUUUAUCAUCUCCAGAUUCAACUCCGUCCAGGCUAGCGUCCUCGAUGAUCAGACCGAUCAUCCUUUGGAUAAAGUUGAAGUCCUGCAGGAUGAGCUUGAUUGCUUUCCUUACCUUUGCAGAUUUCAGUAUGAAAGAGCUGGUACAUAUAUAAUAAACACAAUGGAACCUCUUCUGCAAUCAUAUACGGAAAGAGGGCAACUACAGUUUUCUGACAAUUCGGAACUAGCAUUUAUUGAAGCAAAACUGUCAUGGGUUGUUCAUAUUGUUGCCGCUGUUGUUAAAAUAAAGCAGUGCAGCGGUUGCAGUGUGGAGACGCAAGAGGUGCUUGAUGCAGAACUCUCCGCUCGUGUUUUGCGGCUAGUAAAUGUUAUGGACAGUGGACUCCAUAGACAGAGAUAUGGUGAAAAAAGUAAACAAAGGCUUGAUCGUGCCAUUCUAACCUUCUUCCAGAAUUUCCGAAAGUCUUACGUUGGCGAUCAGGCCAUGCAUUCAUCAAAACAGUUGUAUGCCAGAUUGAAAGAACUUCUUGGACUGCAUGAUCAUCUAGUUCUGUUGAACGUGAUUGUUGGCAAGAUUGCUACAAACUUAAAAUGUUAUACAGUGAGUGAAGAAGUCAUUGGUCACACGCUAAGUUUGUUUCUGGAGUUGGCAUCUGGAUACAUGACCGGGAAGCUUCUUUUGAAGCUGGACACCGUGACCUUUAUUAUUUCUAAUCACACUAGGGAGCAGUUUCCAUUCUUAGAAGAGUAUAGAUGCUCUCGCAGCAGAACAACAUUUUACUACACUAUUGGCUGGUUGAUUUUCAUGGAGGAUAGCUCAAUAAAGUUCAAGACUUCUAUGGAACCUCUUCUGCAGGUUUUCCGCACCCUGGAAUCAACACCAGAUUCUAUGUUUCGCACUGAUGCUGUGAAGUUUGCUGUGAUCGGAUUGAUGAGGGAUUUGAGAGGAAUUGCUAUGGCUACUAGCAGCCGGAGGAGUUAUGGUCUUUUGUUUGACUGGCUCUAUCCUGCACAUAUGCCACUUCUUUUGAGAGGGAUCUCACAUUGGUUCGACACACCAGAGGUUACGACCCCAUUGUUGAAGUUCAUGGCUGAGUUAGUGCAUAACAAAACCCAGCGCCUUACCUUUGAUUCUUCUUCUCCAAAUGGCAUCCUGCUUUUCCGGGAAGUCAGUAAAUUGAUUGUGGCUUAUGGUUCAAGGAUUUUAGCUCUUCCAAAUGUGGCGGAUAUAUAUGCCUACAAAUACAAGGGGAUCUGGGUUUCACUGACAAUUCUGUCAAGAGCGCUCUCUGGAAAUUAUUGCAACUUUGGUGUGUUUGAACUCUAUGGCGAUCGGGCUCUUGCGGAUGCUCUUGAUAUCGCGUUGAAGAUGACCUUAGCAAUACCCUUGGCUGAUAUAUUAGCAUAUCGCAAGCUUACAAAGGCAUACUUUGGUUUCGUCGAGGUUUUGUGUGCCAGUCACAUUACCUUCAUAUUGAAACUAGAUACUGCCACCUUUAUGCAUCUCGUAGGUUCCCUUGAAUCUGGACUCAAGGGUUUGGACACAAGUAUUUCAUCACAGUGUGCAAUAGCUGUCGACAAUCUUGCUUCAUAUUAUUUCAAUAACAUCACAAUGGGUGAGGCACCUACUUCUCCCGCUUCUAUUCGUUUGGCACAGCACAUUGCAGACUGCCCGAGUUUGUUUCCCGAGAUAUUGAAGACACUGUUUGAAAUAGUUCUAUUCGAGGAUUGUGGCAAUCAGUGGAGUCUCAGCAGGCCAAUGUUAAGCUUGAUUCUUAUAAGUGAGCAGAUUUUCUCUGAUCUGAAAGCUAAGAUCCUCUCAUCACAGCCCGUGGAUCAACACCAGCGACUCUCUACCUGCUUUGACAGUCUUAUGACAGACAUAUCAAGGGGGGUAGAUUCGAAGAACAGAGACAAGUUCACUCAGAACUUGACCCUUUUCAGACACGAGUUCCGCGUUAAAUAGAAUUGCUUCCACGAGCCACAGUCUCUACUACAUUAGGGUCUCAUCAGAAAGACCCACAUGACACAGUGAACUAGAAGUUCCCUCUUACUUGAAAAAAAAAAAAAAUUCAGGUUUUGCAAAUGGGGGAAAAAGUAGUCGAUAGAUUGUGGUACUGUACAGUUUGAUUCUCUCAGAAGAAAUGGUAAUGAAGGAAAACAAAAUUACGUAGCUUAUACUAUUUGGUGGUUUCUCGCUAGUGGCUUAUUCAUUUUCAACGUUAUGAGUUAUUUUGUCUCAUAACAAACAAAAAUCUUUGUCAGCUCCAUAACAAAGUUGAUGUAAAGCAUUGAAAAUCUAGGGUUGUACUUUUGGCAAUUGUUGGGGCGUAACUGAUCACAUAUUCUUUGUAUUUGAUUGUGAUGGUAAGCAAAGCUGGAGGAAAAUGCAACAUUUGUUUUGUUUUUAA